AGCCGCCUUGGCUCAAAGUGCUGUCGUGGCCACGUGGAUCGGCCACGAGAUUGCCGGUUGGUCAGGGCAUAGACGGAAUAGAGAGCGGCGCCAUGGCAGCGAAAAGCAGGCUGGGCAAUCUUCGAGCCAUGCUCGCUGAGGAGCGGUCGCGGUUCAGCAGGGUACUCGACCAGAUCGACCAGGUUCUCGAUAGCCUCGAGCUUGGAGGGCAGAAGGAGGGCAUCGCCACAGAGAGAAGGGCGUCCAACCUCACCCCUGGUUUCAGCCAACGCGUUGUCCCAAAUGGGACGGGGGCGGGCCCCGCUUCAGCGUGGGAACCAGGCAACAAGCGCAUCUCACAAAACAGAUUGAGCAUACAGCAGGCGGAUAUAGUGCCGAUAGCGCCGCGGCAACCGCCGCGGCCCAGGAAAAGCGCCGUCGGGGCCCGAGCCGUGCUGAUGCGAGCGGCGUCCAAUUUUUCCACUGUAACUGACGCAGCAACGCGGCGCACUAGGAAGACGGCGCAAGCCAGGGCAACACAUCGUCAGGUUUUUGCGAAUGCGGAACAGAUGAAGGAUCAGGUCCAGAAGGCGAUUUUGGAGCCAGACUACAACGUGAGAAACAUGUACAAGGAAAAGGGCCUAUGGCAGAAAGUAGCGCGGAGCUCGCUUUUCGACAUUAUCUGUCUCGCCGUGAUCGUCCUGAACGCAGCCUGGCUCGCAGUGGAGACGGACUACAACGACGAAGCUCUCUUGGCACAUGCUGACCCUCCCUUCAUCAUCGUGGAGAAUUUUUUCUGCGCGUUCUUCGUCGGGGAGCUGAUCAUAAGGCUCAUGGCCUUCAAACUGAAGACGGACGUCCUGAAGGACAACUGGUUCAUGUUCGAUUCAGUCCUUGUCUUCUUCAUGGCCUUCGAGACAUGGGUCCUCACCCUCCUCGUGUGGAUGACCGACGGAUCCCUCAGCACGAGUUCUAGCUCCACGUCGGUCCUCCGAGUGGUGCGGCUGUUCCGCAUGACACGCGCGGCGCGCGUCGCGCGCCUGCUCAAGACGGUGCCCGAGCUCAUGGUGAUUGCCCGCGGCGUCGUGAUCGUCGCGCGAACAGUGUUUGUGAUCAUGUGCCUCCUGGUGAUGAUCGUCUACACGUUUGCGCUCGUUUUCACCCAGCUUGCCAAGGGGACCGACCUCGGGGAGACCAUCUGCUCCGACAUGCUGACCACCAUGAGCACGCUGCUGCUCGGAGGCAUCCUCCCCGACUUCAAGCCGACCACUGACCUGAUGGCGGCCGAGGACGUGUUCUUCGCAAUGUUCUUCUUUCUGUUCGUCCUCCUGGCCUACACACGGUGGCGGAUAAUGAAUAUGUUGAUCGGAGUCCUUGUGGAGGUGGUCGGAGUUGUGGCGUCGGUGGAAAAGGAGACGUACCAGGUGGCAGCAGUGAAGCGAGUGUUGCUCAAAUGGGCCCCGGAUGCAGACAUCAAUUGUGACAACAUUAUUGACGUGACCGAGUUCAAGGAUAUGCUCAGCAAGGACGGUUGUGCCAAGGACCUGAACGACGUGGGGGUGGACGCUGUCGCGUUGAUCGACGCCGCGGACUUCGUCUACCGAGACAAGGAGGCGCUCACAUUCUCUGAGCUGCUCACCGUCGUACUCGGGCUGCGCGGCAAGAACGAGACCAAGGUGCAAGACAUCGUGCAAACGCGCAAAUUCCUCCACGUGGAGAUGCAGCGCAUGGAGGCGUGCCUGGAGAGCCUCUACUUCAGCCUCGUCGGGGAGCCCUGGCGUCCCGAGGACAUGGGCGGCGGCAGCAUGAUCGCAGAGGCACCGCCGAGGACGCCGCCGCGGGAGGGGCAGCACACCAUGAUUGCCGAGGCGGCGUGAGCGUCGAGGCGGGCGUGGCCGCCAGGCGCUCUGCGGCGCCGGCGCCGAGCGGGAGGCCAACUGCGCGGCGCCGGCGCCCAGGGCGCCCCAGAGCUGGCCAGCUCGCGCCCGCCUUCUCGGGGCAGGGAGCGGAGGCGGCCUCGGGGGAGAGAAUGGAGCGAGGUGGCACGGUGUCGACGGCGGGUCCCGCGCGCGCUCGGCUCCACCCUGAGAUGC